UGGAUGGAGGGGUUAUGUUGGUCACGCAAGGUCAAUAGAACAUGCGCAAAGAGAGAUAGAGUUUGUUAAUCUAUUAGAUUAUCUAAAUUCAAAUAGUGAUGAUGUUUACAAUUGGUGAAAUUGCAUCACACCCGUUUUAAUGAUAGGCGUGCGGGAAGGAUAUUUUCCAGCUUCUGCGCCAGAUGUACCGACCAAUGAGAGCGCGAGCGUUCGAACGAGGAGGCGGAGGCUGGAAUUUCAUGGAUGCUUGUUAUGUCUGUCAAACCACUAGCGAUUAGAAAAAUAUAGAUUUUCAUAUAAAAAUAAACAUUCGCAAAUGCAAUAUGGAUACUGUGGUUGUUGUCGUAUGGCUGUCUAUGGUGGUCACCAUCCUGUCGAGGUCGCACGCCGACCGGAACGUCUACCCGUCUGCAGGCGUGCUGUUUGUCCACGUGCUGGAGAGAGAACACUUCAAAGGAGAGUUCCCUCCCUAUCCCAAACCUGGGGAUUCCAGCAACGACCCCAUCACCUUCAACACCAACCUGAUGGGCUACCCAGACCGGCCAGGCUGGCUGCGUUACAUCCAGAGAACCUCACACAGCGAUGGGGUGCUCUACGGAUCCCCCACUGCAGAACACGUCGGCAAGGCCACCAUCAUAGAGAUUACUGCCUAUAACAGACGCACUUUCGAAACGGCCAGGCACAACUUGGUCAUAAACAUCAUGUCCACGGAAGAGUACCCACUGCCAUACCAGGCAGAGUUCUUCAUAAAGAACAUGAAUGUGGAGGAGAUGUUGGCCAGCGAGGUUCUGGGAGACUUCCUGGGCGCAGUGAAGAAUGUCUGGCAGCCCGAACGCCUCAACGCCAUCAACAUCACCUCAGCGCUGGACAGGGGCGGCCGCGUUCCCCUGCCCAUCAACAACCUGAAAGAGGGUGUGUAUGUGAUGGUGGGGGCUGACGUGCAGUUCUCUUCCUGCCUGAGGGAGGUGGAGAACCCCCACAACCAGCUGCGUUGCAGCCAGGAAAUGGAGCCUGUCAUCAGCUGUGACAAGAAGUUCAGGGCCCAGUUCGACAUUGACUGGUGCAAGAUCAACCUGGUGGACAUCACCAAGGUGGUCAUGAUCCACAGUAACCGUCCGGACCCAGGUACAGGGGUUCUGCCUGACAUCGGGGAGUACAACCCCCCAUCAGAGUCUCUGAAGAGCAGGGACUUCUUUGCUGACUUCCUCAUCACGUUGGCAGUGCCCUCGGCCGUGGCCAUGGUCCUCUUCACCAUCCUGGGUUAUUCCAUGUGCUGCCGGCGAGAAGGGGUGGAUAAAAGAAACAUGCAAACACCAGAUAUCCAGUUAGUGCAUCACAGCUCCAUCCAGAAGUCGACCAAGGAGCUGCGGAGCAUGUCUAAGAACAGGGAGAUCUCCUGGCCCCUCUCCACCCUGCCUGUCUUCAGCCAAAGUGGGGAGGUGGUGCCCCCCAUACACCCAGACAACUACGAGACAACCAGCAUGCCCCUGAUGCAGACACAGACAAACCUGCAGAACCAGAUUCAGAUACCACAGCAACAGCCAUCAGGAGAUAGAGAUAAUUAUUGUAUGUCAACAUUUCGGAGACUGGAGGUAAAUGGUAUUCCUGAGGAGAGGAAAGUGGCUGAAGCACUUAACUUGUGACGAGAGAGAAGCCCAAGAGACAGUGGUGGAGCUGCUUUCUGUCUGUCCGUGUCCCUUUAAGCCAAGUGUUUUUCUAUGUCUACAUCCUAAAUAGAGUACCACAGUAUCAGUCAUAAUAGACAUCAAACCUAGCGGUCAAACAGGGAAAAGGUUCCAAUCGUUUUUCCCAUAUGGGAUUUUUCGAAACACUUAAAAUAAGGACUGUGUUUCAUGUAGGCUUACCCUGGUGUGACGUUUUGAUAACCAUGUAAAUCUCUUUAGGACAAGGUGACUUUUAUCCAUAUAUUUGCUUGGAUUUAUCCCCCAAAAUGAAAUGCUAAUUAGCUGCUAAUGUGGCUAUCAUAAAGAACUACAAAUACCAUGAUGAUCUGGAAGAGAAUGCCAAAUUGAGGCAAAGGUAAGAAUCUCUGGAUUAACUAUCUAAUGUUAGCUAAAUGUAGUAAUGAAUAAAUUGGCUAAAUUUCUUUAAAUGGACAAUUCCGUGAACUAUCUUGUGGAAGUUUUACAUUAAAACAAUACCUGUUAGCAAAGGUGUCAGCGAGAGAUGACGUGCAGGAGCUUGCAGGGAUUUGUAGUUUUGCAUGAUGUCUACUUUGACCCUAAUUAGCAUUUUCAAAUCUGAGAGUAGAGCCGAAUAUAUUGAUAAAAGUCACCUUAUCCUAGAGAGAUUUAAAUGGUUAUCAAAACGUCACACCAGGGUAAGCCUACAUGAAACAGUCCAUAUUUUAAGUUUUUCGAAAAUCCCAUAUGGGAAAAAUGAAUGGUAGCAAAAGGAUUGGAACCAUCACCCCAUUUGACCGCUAGGUUUUAUGGGUAUUAUGACACCUCCAUUGUGGGGCUCUAUAGCACCCAAUUUCCUAUAUAGUGCACAACUUCUGACCAGGGCCCAGAGACACUACGUCUGUCCCAAUCUGCAUGCCCCAGCAGUGCGUUCAUACUCGACGCCAGUGUCCGUCAGUGUGCCCUUAUGUAUUUGAGCGAGUGGUGCAGAGUACAGUAAACUCAUGAUAAGUGCACUUAGUAUGAGAGCAAGCUGUUGAAGUGCAAUUCAGUUUUACCAGUCCCAAUUCAAUUACAUUCAUAACUGUGUGCUCUUAUUUAAUGCAGACGGUCACCACAAUACUAAACAGCUGCAUUUAUCAGUAGUCGUCUGUGUGUGUGUGUAUACCAGCCUGAUCAUGAAUAACAAAUGCUACAUUCAUAGGAUAUUUUGAAAUAUUUAGUGCAUAUGUUCUAGAAAUUAUAUGAUGCCAUUAACAAUAUCAUGUUAGUAUUUUUACUUUCCUUGCACAAUGCUCAUCUUUAGAGGGGAACGGAGAUGAACAGAGACGCUCGUCAAGUCUGAUCAAAUAAAAAUGUAAAUGCUCAUUUGUCACAUAACAGUAAAAACUAAUUUGGUUUAAAUUUGCUGUCCACUGUGUUCAACGGCUGCAACUGUAGCACCAGGCCCCCAGCACACGUAUUAUAGUAAUCUGUUCAGCCCAUCUGUGGAAGGUUAGAGGGGCCCACUCGCUCUCUCUGGGUCAUUUCUUUUUCAGGGGCUGGAUCAGCUUUAAUAUUGCAGAUAGGUUGUAGCAUCCAUCAAUGUAUUGUCUGCAUCAUUUCCAAUCCCCCAGAUAUAUAUUUUUUUAUACACACACUUUUUUUUGAAUAUACCUUCAUUAUUCCCCGCAAACCCUACCACCCCUCCCCAAUUGGAGUAAACUAAUAAACAAUCUACCUUGAGUUUAUACAUUCUAUACACAUUUUACAUAAAUUAUAUUUUGUUUUUAUUCCUGGCCUUCCGUUAUUUCUGACGUCCAUCCCAUUUGUUUCUAUUUGUAACUGCUAUUUCACAUUUCUGAACCUAUAUACAUUUUACAGACCCCACAUGUUUUACAUUGGUUAUCUUAGUCCCACCCUUCAGCUCCAUACAACCCCUCCCAUCUAGCUCUUAACACCAUCCAUUUUGCAUUUCUAUUUGCCAUAUAUUUUUCAACUGUGCUGUGAUGCUUCACGAAAGUACUGAACCUUUCUAUUCUCAUAGCUUUAAAAGACUGUAAAUUAAAAGAAAAUGUUUGGCAAAAAUGAUUAUUGAUCGAUUGACUAUGACUUUUCAAAUCACCCAGUAAUGCUAUCUGCAGCGUUAGUUCUAAGUAAAUGUUGCAAUUCUUCAGCCAUUCCUGGACCUGUAACCAAAAACGAGCUACAUAUGGACAGUACCAAAAUAAAUGAUCUAAUGACUGCCUCCUCGCAGCAAAAUGUGCUAUAUACACAUCUCAAUAUCUCUCAUUCUAUUGGUUGCAAGAAUUUUGUACAAUAAUGUACAUUUAAAAAUUCUAAGUUUUGAAUCUCUCCAGGUUGUUGCAUUAGUUACUUCCUUAAUCCCACACAUCCUUGGUGGGACAUAAAACUGCAACCAUCUUCUGCCACUGGAGUCUGUCUUUGGCCAGUGCUUGUCUUUGGGCAUAGCUUUGGACCUGUCUCUUCCAGCUCAGCCACUACUGUCCGUCGCCAUGACAUUUUCUGGUGUUCACCUGAGGGCAACUUUGAUUGUGUUUUUUAAUCUCUGCAUUAACACUGGAAAAUCUCCAUUGAGCAUACAUUUCAGUCCAGGACGAGGCUUAAUCUGCCUCCGGGAAACAUGUCUGACAAAGAAGUCAGACAAGAUUUUUAGGAAGUUUUGUAUUAUUGACAAUGUAGAAUACAAAUAAAAAGUAUCUAUAAAUAAAAUGGGUACAACUCACAUUAAGAUGUCACAAAAUAAUAAAGAUUUACAUAAAACAUC